AUGCUGAGAAAAGAACACUGGGCGAGGUGCGACUCCGUUUUGGUUUUGUGUCCCGGACGAGCCUAUAAUCCAAACGCGACGUCAUUACAAUUUCCUUUUCCUGCUACUGCGCACGUGCCCCUUAUCGCCCUUUUCCCUUUCCAGGCCCACCGCCGCCGCGCCCUCGCCCUCCACCGCGCUCUCCCCCUAGCCCCGUCCGAUAGCCAGCGAUUCACUAAAAGCUACUGCUCGCCGCAGGACGCCUCGUUCUCCGCUGCGGUGCCCGGCGGUCGCACGGCAGUGUUGGGCGAUGCUCGCUCCACAGACCAACGGGCACGUUCUGGCCUUCCCAUCAUUUCACAUCAGAGUUUCCUAUCGCCUCCAUCCAUUCAGUCCGCCUUCGCCCAUCACCUCCGCCCCGUGGCCUCGCUCAGGCCCGAUACCCGACACACGCGCCUCCCUCCCGGCGCGAUCCCAGAUGCACCGCAGAUCCUCAGCGUCCUGCACCAUCCUGAACGAACAACCCCCAAAGCCUAUUUCACCCCUUCAGUCCUGCACGCCCUUUGCGGAUUCAGAUACUCGCCGUGCCUGUCUCUUUUCCCACCAUCAUCGUCCCAUUCGAACCCAGCCAAUCUCAUCAUACCCGCUCCCAUCCAUCUUCUCUUUGCCCCUUCCCUUACGUCUAAGCCCGCCUUAUUCGAUCCUAUUGCUCCCUCCUAUCUCUCCUUCGCAGCCGUAUCCACUGCCACAGUCUCCGCACGCCUUUCUAGAUCGCCUUCUUCGCGCCUUCGCGGAGACUCCAUUGACAAGAAGGAUAUCCUUUUGUGCCACUCCCCUUUCCCAUCUCCAUUCUCUUAUUCUGUUCUCUGGGACACCGGCCGCAGAAAAAUUACGCGAAAUCUUUUUCGACGCGCGUCCGAUGCUCGCUGCGCCUCUCUUUUUCCUACCCAUUCAAUUGCGAUCCUACUCGACUCGACCCUGGCGUUUCCGCUCCUAGCUUUUUUUCGCGCGCACGCCAUCGUCGCGUAUCGAUCGUCGCUUGCACCGCCCCGCCGCCGUACUCGGACGUCUCGUAUGGAAAUGCCGUCAUGA